AUGUUUCUCUACUCACUGAUCCUGCUAGCUUACCACUCCAGCAGAUGGAUACCCAGGAAUAGGAGGCUCAAGUUCCAAAUUGUCAACGCUGUGUUCACCGCCCUUGUUUUGGUCCCUCAGCUGUACGUCAUGACCAGGCCAAAGUCAGCAAGAUAUUGCAAGCAACCUUUACUGAACAAUCUGGCCGCCUCCAUUGCGCUGUCAAUUAUCGCCACAGGUUUUUCGGUAGUCUUCACACUUUUAGAGCCAGUGCCUCAGGGUCUGUGGGCGGCCUGUCAUUUUUUCGGACUGGUGUCCUUUGGACAAGGGAUGUGCGGCGCCAUUUUGACACUCACUGCGGCUUCAUGUGCCACAACUACACCUGAAUUGUAUCACAUGUCUCUUUUUCUCAUGGUGGCAUCCAUUUUGAGCACAGUUGUGCUGGCGGUCAAAGGCGGACUGUGGCUGACAGAAAGGCAGCAACAAUGA